AACCCACGCCAAGGCUGACCCACCCCACAGUUCAGUAGAUGAAAGCCUAAAUAUUUAGACACAAACCCUCUUCUUCCUUCCCACCUGUAGAUGAAACCCAUCCAAGAAUUUCAGCUACAGCAAACCUCUGUUUCUCUAUACAAAAACUCUUCAACUUCUAAGGAAACAAUGGUUUCCAUUCCAAUUCAGUGAUUAUCUGUGCAGACACUCUUCAACUUCUAAAAAAAACAACAGUUUUCACUCCGACUCAGUGAUUAGUGAUUAUCUAUGCAGACACUCUUCAACUUCUAAAAAGAACAACGGUUUUCACUCCGACUCAGUGAUUAUUUGAGGACAUAAAUGCAGGAGCUUAAAAGAUUUCACCGUUUAGUAUUUUGGGCUUCAAUGCAGCCACUUCCAACCAAUUAUACAAUGCAGUUAACACCAGUUUUGAGUAGAGGAAUUUAUUGGGGGAAAUGGAGGCUGCAAGACUUGCACGCCAAAGAAGGCGUAUGAUCAUGUACAAGAAAAGGAUAGCGAAGAUGCAUUCCACAAACAUAGUGUCAUCAAAGAAAUUUGGAGGUGGAAGCCAUAGGAGUAAAAAGCAUAAAGACAUAGCAAUGAUCCAUGAUACAAAUAGUUGUAAGCAAGCAAGACUUAACAGGCGAAUGGUACUCAACCUUAACCGAACUCGGGAAAGUAGUUCAAAUGCUCAAUGUUUGCGGCGAUCAACCCCUUCAGUUAUAAAUGUUUUUUCUCACUCGGUUGUUGGCCUUAAUGGUGAUUUUACUACUACAACUACUGUGGAAGAAUUUGGGAUACAUCUGCCUAUAAAUGCCAAUGCGUUGGAUAAGCAUCUGCCUACAACUAAGUUUACAGUUUUGGGAAUGCGAAAUAGAAAACCCAUUGACAUAGACCAGAGUAAAAGGUCAAACAGCACACAAAGUUUGGGAAUGCGAAAUACCAAACCCAUUGACAUAGACUUGACUAAAAUGUCAAACAGCACACAAAGAAAAUUUACAGAGUUCUGGAAUUUUGGCCCACCAAGUUGUGUGUGUGAAUAUUGUAAUGCAAUAUUAUGGUACGAAGAGAGGAAUCGUAAAUCCAAAAACACAAAGAAUCCCAAAUUCUCAAUAUGUUGUCGAGAAGGUAGGAUGAAGCUACCUUCGUUGAAAUCACCACCUCCAGAGCUUCAAGAACUCCUACAACAUUCAGAACAUUACAAGGCUAAUAUAAGGAGGUUCAACUCCAUGUUUGCAAUGACUUCUAUGGGAGGAAAUGUUGAUGUCCAUGCUAAUGAAGGACGAGGCCCUUACAUCUUUCGAUUGAAUGGGCAAAACCACCACAGAAUUGGGUCGUUACUUCCAGUUGUUGGAAAACACCCAUCUUUUGCACAGCUGUAUAUACACGACACAAAAAAAGAGAUUCAUUACAGACUAAGUGCUUUGCCUGGACAGGAAUCAGAAUAUGACCUUGACAUUGCUAUAGUUCAAAUAUUAUUGAAGAUGCUUGAUGAGAACAACGUCUUGGUAAAGACAUUCUGUAUGGCAAGGGAUAGGUUCAAGGACUCUGAUAUGCACAAUGUACGCUUGCGAUUAAUUGGAUCGCGAUCAAGUGAUGGUAGGGAACAAAACAUGCCCACUUGCUCUGAAGUUGCUGCUAUAAUUGUAGGUGAUUUGAGCGAUGAAAAUAUCCAUCGUGAUAUUAUUGUUGAGAAAAGAAGUGGAUUGUUACAAUGAAUAAAUGAGCUACACCCAAAAUUCAUGGCCUUGCAAUAUCCAUUGUUAUUUCCGUAUGGUGAGGAUGGAUUUCGAAAUGAAAUACUUAAAAAAGGUCUUGGUGGUGUUGUGCCUUUGACAGAAGAAUAUGUCACUAUGCAAGAAUAUUAUGCAUAUCAAUUACAACAACGUGAGAGUGAAGGUGAAACAUUGAUUCUUGGUCGUAGGUUGCGACAACAAUUUUUAGUAGAUGCUUACACAUGUGUUGAGGAGUACCGACUAAUUUGGGUCAGGAAUCAUCAACUUCAACUGAGAUCAGAGGUGUACUUUGGAAUAAAGGAUGCUGUAUUUAGAGGAGACACUACUCCUUCAUCUGUUGGGAAAAGAGUUGUUCUUCCUUCAAGCUUUACUGGAAGCCCUAGAUAUAUGAUUCAAAAUUAUCAAGAUGCUAUGUCAAUUUGUAGAUGGGCUGGGUACCCAGAUUUGUUUAUAACUUUCACAUGCAAUCCUAAAUGGCCAGAAAUUGAAAGUUUCCUUUCCUUAAUUCCAGCUCAACGGCCUGAAGAUAGACCGGAUAUUAUUGCAAGAGUUUUUAAGAUCAAAUUGGAUCAACUAGUACGUGAUUUAAAACAUGGCAAGCAUUUUGGAAAA